AUGUGGCAUGGUGGUGGCAGUGGAUGUGGGUAUUCGGUGGUAGUGGGUAGUGGGAUUUUGGGUCAGUCCUUGCACGGCGGCGGCAUGGUGGGAGUGGGUUUUGGGUCCGUCCUUGCACAAAGACUCAUUUCUGGUGGUGGUUUCUAUGGUGGUGCUGUGGAGUUUGGUGGUGCGGCAGUGGUGUUGUUGAUGGUGGUGAUGGCAGCUUGUGAGAUCGGCGUGGGGUUGAUGAAUCAGGGUAGAAUUUCUAUUACCACUGAUAUGUGGACUUCACAAAGCAAAAAGCAAGGAUUUAUGGUUGUAACAACACACUUCAUUGAUGGUUUGUGGAGAUUACAAAGCCGAGUUAUGAGGUUUAUUUAUGUGCCAUCUCCACAUACGAAAGAAGUGCUUUUUAGUGUCCUUCUAGAUACUUUGUUGGAGUGGAAUAUUGAUAGGAAGUUAUCUACUGUGGCUAUGGACAAUUGUAGUACCAAUGAUGCAGAUGGUUUGGAUGUAAUUGGAUCAUGCAUUGAAAAGGUUCGAGAAAGUGUGGGAUUUUGGACUGCAUCAACAAAGAGAAGGCAGAAGUUUGAAGAGACAGCUCGACAAGCACAUGUUGAAUGUACCAAAGAACUAGCCCUUGAUUAUAAGACUCGUUGGAACUCUACCUAUCUCAUGCUUUCUAUUGCUAUAAAGUAUCAAAAUGUCUUUUAUCGAUUAAACAUAUGUGAGUCAUCUUAUAAGUGCAUUCCAACGGAGGAAGAAUGGGAGAUGGCAAGUAAUAUAUGUGAGAGAUUGGCAAUGUUUCACAAGGUUACAAAGCUAUUUUCAGAAAAUUUUGAUUGUUAUUGGAAUGUGAUUCAUGGUGUUAUGGCUGUGGCAACCAUUUUAGACCCAAGAUAUAAGAUUGAAUUGUUAGAAUAUUAUUUUGCAAUAAUUUAUGGUGAUGAAGCUGAUAAUGAAAUUCAAAGGGUUAGAAAUAUUUGUUAUGAAAUGAUUCGUGACUACAGUUCUGGGAGAAUGAGUAGGGAAGGUACUCGUGGCCCUUGUGUGGGAGAGGAUCCGCAAGUUGAUGACUCCCUUAUGGACUUUGAAAGAUAUCUUAGUCAGAAAAAAAGGGGUGGGAAUAUUAAAUUGGAGUUGGACCAUUACCUUGAGGAUGAUUUAAUGCCAAGAACUGUAGAUUUUGAUAUUUUGGCAUGGUGGAAAUCUAAUGGGCCAAAGUAUCCUACUUUGCAACGUAUUGCAAGGGAUAUCUUUGUCAUUCCAGUGUCAACUGUUGCCUCAGAGUCAUCAUUUAGCACAAGUGGUCAAUUGUUAAGUCCAUAUCGUAGUAAACUUCAUCAAAAGACUGUGGAGACAUUAAUGUGUGCUCAAAAUUGGUUAUGGGCUGAAAUUAAUGGUUCUUCAUCUACCAUAGAUGGAAUUGAAGAUAAGUUCCAAAAUAUCCUGGAUGAUUAUGGUGAUGAAGAAGAAAGUGGUGUCACAAUGAUGGAAGAAAGUGGAGAUUCUUUUUGA